AUGAAGAUAAGAUUACGAUGCUUUUCUACCAGUACGGCUGUAAUGCUGUUUCUUGCCUUGAUCCAGCAGCAACACUGUCAAGGGUCAGCUGUAGUCCAUGACAAGUCCGAACAAGAAGAACGAGUGUCUCCUGUUUGUACCAGCAGUAAUGCAUCUUCCUCUUCUUAUUCUGCAUUUGACGAUGUCUCUUGGGCCAUCAAAAGUGACCAUCUCAAGUAUCCCUAUCAUCAAGAACAGUACGAUCGUUUCCUCCAGAAUUGCCGCAAAGCGUCUCCCUACUGCAAAGGCCAAGAAGCACUGCGCCUGUACAUGAACAAUCAUCAACCUCCUUCGGUCUACAAUUUUACACAGUCGGGGGUUUCCAAAACCAAAACACCGGCCGCCUUGUGGGCAUUGCUGACCGAGUUUUAUACCCGCAAUCAAGGACAACAAGUGGUGGAAUGGCCCGACAGCAUCAAUCCGUACCACAAUCUAUGGGAUCGACACACGGAGAUUCUGCGACUGGACAAUGUCACAUUACAGGGAGGUGGCCCUCAAUUGCAAGCUCGCAUUAGUCAAGCCGUACAAACCAUAUUGGAAGGAUGGACACGACAAAAAUUGACGCCCGUUUCGGUUUAUGGGAUUCGUUUGUAUCGCAAUCAAUCCAUCUUGACACCACAUGUCGAUCGCAUGCCACUGGUGGCAUCGUGCAUCAUCAAUAUCGAUCAAGAUGGUGUCGAGGAACCGUGGCCGCUGGAAAUUUAUGAUCACAAGGGACAGGCACGCAAUAUUACCAUGGAACCGGGGGAUAUGGUGCUCUACGAAAGCCAUUCCGUCAUUCACGGACGCCCCUUUCCCUUGAAAGGAACUUUGUUCGCCAAUGUAUUUCUGCACUUUGAACCCGUAGGGGGGCUGGUUCGGGGGGAAUUGGGUACCAAUGGCAAUGGAGCACCGCACUACAUCAUUCCGGGAUCCAAGUGGGAAGAAGAAUGGAAGAGGGACAAUCCAAAUGGAUGGGAGUUGCUCAACAAUCCCAUGGACGCAGUGGCCAAGGGCCACAUUCGAACCCUCCAGUUGAUGGCAAAAGUCCGACCACAAGGGCUGGUCGAGAAAGAUUCCAAUGGCUGGGCACCCAUCCAUCAAGCGGUACGGUAUGGGAACCUGCGCAUUGUCAAGUUUCUCAUUGAAGAGAAUGGAGUAUCGCCCAAUCUGCAAACGGGGCUACCCGACGAUGGCUCCAAACAGCAGUUGCUUCCCAUUGAAUUGGCGUUGCACUUGUUGGGAGAAGAUCAUGAAGUGACCCAGUACCUGUGGACCGUGACGCAACUAUAG